ACUGGGACAGGGAGAAGUUACUUGAAGCAUGGAUGUCUAAUCCGGAGAACUGCUGCCAGCGUUCAGGGGUUCAGAUGCCAACUCCCCCUCCAAGUGGAUACAACGCGUGGGAUACGCUCCCUUCUCCACGAACUCCACGCACUACUCGCUCUUCUGUAACUUCCCCUGAUGAAAACAGCCCCUCACCAGGAGAUAUUGAGACAGCUGUGUGUGACAUUUGUAUGUGUAAUAUUUCUGUGUUUGAAGACCCAGUGGAUAUGCCCUGUGGACAUGACUUCUGCAGAGCAUGCUGGGAGGCAUUUUUGAAUCUGAAAAUUCAGGAGGGUGAAGCUCACAACAUUUUUUGCCCAGCAUAUGAUUGUUUCCAGCUUGUGCCUGUAGACAUCAUAGAAAGUGUGGUUUCCAAGGAGAUGGACAAAAGAUACCUUCAAUUUGACAUUAAGGCCUUUGUUGAAAAUAAUCCUGCUAUUAAAUGGUGUCCUAUACCGGGCUGUGAAAGAGCAGUAAGGCUAACAAGACAAGGAUCAAAUUCAACAGGAUCAGAUACACUGAGCUUCCCUAUGCUGAAAGCCCCUGCUGUAGAUUGUGGAAAAGGACAUCUUUUCUGCUGGGAGUGUCUUGGUGAAGCACAUGAACCUUGUGACUGCCAAACCUGGAAGGACUGGCUACAGAAAAUAUCUGAAAUGAAACCGGAAGAACUUGUGGGAGUGAGUGAGGCAUAUGAAGAUGCUGCCAACUGCCUGUGGUUACUAACGAACUCCAAACCAUGUGCCAACUGCAAAUCUCCAAUUCAGAAGAAUGAGGGCUGCAACCACAUGCAAUGUGCAAAG